GCUCGGGAUGAAUCGACAAUUCGCUACUGACGAUCCUUAAAAAGGACUGGUUUCAUAUUUUGUGAUUUUCUCAUGAUGUGCUUGCCAUAAACAUCUACUGCGGCCUCUAAUAAUCGAGGACAUUUACAGUUGCCUUUAGAGAAAGCGUUUAUAAAUCGCUCGCGAUGGAAGCCGGAGGACAAAGGCGCCGAUGGGAGUACUGCUGGAUUGCUCUGUGUAUUUCUUUUCUUCUUGACUUCGGACAGCAGGUUUCAGCUCAGAUAAGAUAUUCAAUUCCAGAAGAAGGGAAAGAAGGAACCACUGUGGGAAAUAUUGCUAAGGAUUUGGGUCUUGAAGUAAGUAGCUUGGUGGACAGGCAGUUCCGAAUCGUUUCUGGAUCUAAAGAUGAGCUUUUUCAGAUAAAUCAGGAAAAUGGCAUUUUGUACGUUAUUAAGAAAAUCGACAGAGAGUCUUUGUGUGUUGGCAGCGGUGUGUGUAUGGUGAAUUUAAAAACCGUCAUUGAAAAUCCUCUCGAGAUACACUAUGUCGAAGUUGAAAUAUCAGAUGUAAACGAUCACUCUCCUAGAUUUCCUGAUAAAGAGCAGCGCCUCAGAAUUUCUGAAAAUACGCUGCCUGGUGCUGAUUAUAAAUUACAAGCUGCUAGAGAUCCCGAUUCUGGAACUAAUUCGGUCCGGUCCUAUAAAUUAAGCCCUAACGAUCAUUUUGAAAUUCGAGUUAGAGAAAGUGAUGAAGAUAAAAUGCCAUUUUUAGUUCUGAAGAAGGCUGUUGAUAGGGAGAUUACAACGACAUACAAGCUGAUUCUAACAGCAGUUGAUGGAGGGAAUCCUCCGAAAUCUGGGUCUGUUAACAUUACAAUUAUUAUUCUAGAUACAAAUGAUAAUCGCCCUGUAUUUAGUCGCGAGACAUAUUCUGUGACAUUAGAAGAGAACUCUGCUUUUGGCACUGUGGUUAUUCGAGUAAAUGCUACUGAUGUCGAUGAGGGCCAAAACAGUGAAGUGGAAUACAGUUUUGCGACGUUAAACAGCAAAGUGCAUGAUGUGUUUGAGCUCGAUCAGGUCACAGGUGAAAUACGUGUAAAGGGGGAAGUGGAUUUUGAAGAUACUGAAGUUUAUAAACUCGAUAUUCAGGCAUCAGAUAAGGGGCAUCCAUCAAUGUCUGCAAACUCUAGAGUUGUUAUUAAAAUAAUUGAUGUGAAUGACAACCGGCCAGAGAUUGAGAUUACGUCACUUUCUAAGAACAUCCCUGAAGAUUCUAAACCUGGAACGGUGAUUUCUCUGAUCAGUGUGACUGAUAAAGACGCCGGGAUCAACGGUAAAGUGAUUUGUCAGUUAAACAAAAAUAUUCCCUUUGAGCUAAAGCCUUCCUUCAAGGACAAUAUGUACUCUUUAGUAACAACAGAUCGGUUAGAUAGAGAAAGUGAAUCGCAUUAUGAAAUUACAAUUACCGCUUCUGAUUUAGGACAGCCCUCGUUGACUGCAUCGACUACACUAAGCGUUCAGAUUUCUGAUGUGAAUGAUAAUGCUCCAGUAUUUUUAAUAAAUCCUCUAGAUCUUUACUUAGUGGAAAAUAAUGCUGCCGGUUCCUCUAUAAUUUCAGUGAGCGCCUCUGAUAGAGACAGUGCUGAAAAUGCCGUGAUAUCGUAUCACAUAAUUAGAGGUGAUGGAACACAGAACGAUUUGUCGACUUUCUUGAAUAUAAAUUCUGAAACAGGUGUUGUUUAUUCGUUAAAGAGCUUUGACUUUGAAACGUUAAAAACAUCCCAGUUCCAUGUUCUCGCCACAGACUCUGGAAGUCCGUCUCUGAGCAGUAACGUGACAGUGAACGUGUUUAUUCUGGAUCAGAACGACAACGUUCCAGUGAUCGUAUAUCCAGUCAGCGCUAACGUUUCUGCUGAGGGUGUGGAAGAGAUUCCCCGGAAUGUGAACGCUGGUCAUUUGGUGACUAAAGUCAGAGCCUAUGACGCAGAUAUAGGAUACAACGGCUGGUUAUUGUUUUCACUGCAGGAAGUGAGUGAGCACAGUCUCUUUAGUUUGGACCGCUAUACAGGACAGAUAAGAACCCUUCGCUCAUUCACAGAAACAGACGAGGCCCAUCAUAAACUGCUCAUACUGGUCAAAGACAAUGGGAACGUUUCACUCUCAGCAACAGCGACUGUGAUUGUCAAAGUUGUGGAGCCCAAAGAGGCUUUUGCAGCUUCUGAUGUUAAAAACGCAGUAAAAGACGAGGAGGAAAACGACGUGACAUUUUAUCUGAUCAUCACUUUGGGCUCGGUUUCAGUGCUUUUUGUCAUCAGCAUCAUCGUGUUGAUUGUGAUGCAGUGCUCGAAAUCUACAGACUAUUCGUCCAAGUAUUUACAGGACACAAAUUACGACGGGACUCUGUGUCACAGCAUCCAGUACAGAUCUGGAGACAAACGGUACAUGUUAGUUGGACCCAGAAUGAGUAUCGGCUCUACAAUAGCGCCAGGCAGUAAUAGGAAUACUCUAGUGAUACCAGAUCGCAGGAGGAGAGAUUCAGGAGAGGUAAGGACAACCAGUUCAUUAUGA